AAAGACCAAGUCAGAAUGCUUGAUUUGAAUAUUUCGGGCUUCUUGGUUAAAUAUUCUGAGAUACGGUCACAAGAGCUCUCUUUGCAGGAUUGCAGUAAUUUUCUGCUGUUCUAAAAAAAAUACAAAAAAUACAAAAACAACAACAUAAUGACAUCUCAGUGUUUUUCUUUUCCUUCUGUCUCUGGUCCCAUUUUCUACAGCGCACCCCGCACUCCUCCCCUCGUAUCGCCCCCGACCUUAUCUCCGGCAAAUACCAUAACAUCACAACAGCGCCAGUCACAGGAGGGGGCGUGGCCCUGCAGACGUCACGUAUAGGCGUAGGCUUCAACGUCCGACAGACCAAAAGCACCGGGAGGAUAGUCGGGCUCGGAAAGCACAAAGGAGGCGCUCCGGUGAAGUUGUGUUCCGCCGCGUCCGAGGCGACUCUUGUGUGCGCGCGGAAGAGACCCGGAGGGACGGCGCAGCGCGGGAUCCUUUUGGAGGAGUCGGAGCGCAGAGCCGCGCGAGAUGACAUCGGUGUCGAGUCGAGAGGCUUUCAGUUAAAAAAAGGAGGAAAAAAAGGUGAGCUCAAAAAGUUAUUGCUGCUGGCAGAGAAGAGGCAUUUUUACUUGGGCUUUUCAAUUGGACCAUUGUGCUCAGGCAGCUGCUUUUCCAAUGUGGGAUACAGUUUUGGUGCUUUCGCCAGGCUGAAAUCCUCCAGGGUCAGGACCUCCCUCAUGGCAGCCGUACUCCUCGGGCUGCUGCUCUUUGCGAUGCAGUCUCCCCCCGUCCCCUCCAGGCCCACGGCCGACGAGGGGCCACCUCCACCUCCCACCUUGUUGCCCACCGACAACAGGACCGCCGGCCACCCGAACGGCACCUUCCAACAGCUUCCUCAAAUCCUAAUUAUUGGCGUGAGGAAGGGGGGCACGCGGGCUCUGAUAGAGAUGCUCAGUCUGCACAGUUCAGUGGCGGCGGCUCAGAACGAGGUGCACUUCUUCGACUGGGAGAGUCACUUCCAGAAGGGCUUGCCUUGGUACCUCAGCCAGAUGCCCUACGCCUUGCCAGACCAGCUGACGGUGGAGAAGACGCCAGCCUACUUCACCUCCAGCAAAGUCCCCAAGCGCAUCCAUCAGGUGAACCCUGACAUCAAGCUGCUGCUCAUCCUCAGAGACCCCACGGAGCGGGUGCUGUCGGACUACACCCAGGUCUUUUACAACCGGCUGCAGAAGCACAAGCGCUACCAGCCCAUCGAGUCCGUUCUCGUGAAGGACGGCGAGAUCAACCUGGGAUACAAGGCGCUCAAUCGCAGCCUGUACUGCGUCCAUAUGCAGAACUGGCUGCAGUACUUCCCACUGGAGAGCAUCCACGUGGUGGAUGGGGAUGAGUUGAUCAGGGACCCUUUCCCCGAGAUGAUAAAGGUGGAGAGAUUCUUAAAACUGGAGCCUCAGAUAAACGCUUCCAAUUUUUACUUCAAUAAAACAAAAGGAUUCUACUGUUUGAGAGACCACGGGCGAGAACGGUGUUUACACGAUUCAAAGGGCAGGGCUCACCCUCAUGUGGCGCCGGCCAUCCUGCAAAAACUCUACCAGUUCUUUCAGGAACCCAACAAGAAGUUCUUUGAGCUGGUGGGCCGAACGUUCAACUGGAAAUGAACGAUCGGUUUUCCCAACUAACGGUGUAGAUGAAGAGACGAAGCUAAUGUACAUUUAAACCAAGUCUAUUUUUGUACUCGGCCGUUUGUUACAGGAGUAUGAUCGAGCCAAAUAUCAGGGCGGAUACAGUUCAUGACGCGCUCUGCUGGUGCAUGUUUUUUUAUUUUCAUUCUCAAACGAGCCUUUCCUCUGUGUACUCUGACAAACACUCACUACUGCUCAAAGACGUGAAAUGACAUUCAGACUUUAGACCGUGCCAGUUGAUGUCUUGCAGAAAGAUAAGUACCAGGCAGUUUCAUAUUGUCACACCCUCAUGUUUCGCUUCACAUAAUAUGACAUUAUUAGGGUCCAACUGCAUCAAGCGCUCUGAAAGACCUUUACCUGCUGCUACGGUUUAUUUUCCCUGUCACUUUCAAGCACAAGCCCUGUUUUUUCUUUUUGUUACUCAAAUGUUUCUUUGUGUAAGUAUUAGAUAUAAAAAAAUGCUCUGCGCACAUCAUAUAUUAGCAGAUCAUUGCGGUGUACUGUAAAUACUUUUUUCAAAAAGUGAAUUGACACCAUAAUAAAGAUGUAUUUUAUUUUUAGAAUGUC